AUGCAUGCACUUUCCAUGACCUAUAUUUUUGGAUGUGAUCCUAAAACACCUCAAGGGCUUCUGCUCUCACAAUUAGCCUCGUCUUUGUAUGCCACUUCUCUCUACAUCUCAUUCUGUUGUGCAAGUGGCAUUUUGUACAGAGGCAGUAUUCACAAAUUGCACCAGGAAGAUCUCCUGUGUUUUGGUUGGCAAAACAGUGGGAUGCAAUCCAGAGAUAGGAAUAACAUGACCCUUUUGGGAGAUACUGUUGGGACUAUUCAAAUUCAGAGACUUCAUUGCUGUUGGCGCGGAAGCAACAAGAUUGCUGGUGUGGCUGGCAGUGAUGAAAGUGCAAUGGUGGCUGGGGUGAAACCACUAGUAGAUUUAGUACUCUCAAAUAAGCUAGUCGUAUAUGAUCUUGAUAACCAGACCAUUGGAUGGACAGAAUACAACUGUUCCUCAAGUAUUAAAUUGAAAGACGAGGUCACUGGAUCUGUACAUUUGGUAGGCGCUCACUCUCUGUCUUCUGCUUGUGGUCUGAGCACCCAACGGGCUCUAAUCUCGUUGCUGCUAAUUGCUGCUCUGCUGUACAUUUUGGAUUUCUGA